GGAUCUCCAAGGACACGUUGACGGAUAUAGUGCACGCUUGGGAGAUCACCCUGGGAGAUCGCCGGUAAUUUGUACAGUUGUGUGACUUAUGGAACCUUGACAAACCGUUUGAGAUAUAAAAGUGGUCAGUAGUGGACUUACGGCCUUUGGAAUGGCGGCAAGUUAGCACGUUAUUUUACGGGAUAUAAUGGAUCAUUAAUCAAGCGCAAAUCUCAUGACGUGGAAACAUGACACGAUGUAUCUGAGGAGCGUGACGUGUCUGGCGUAAAUAGACAAGUUUGGACAGAGGGAAGUAACUGAGAACUGAAAUGAAUAAAGUUGAGCAAGACUGGCUGCCUUUUUAUAAAGCAUUGGAUGUUAUGGGAGAAAUUAACAACCUCUAACUUAUGGGAUCAGAACCUCUUAUACUGGAAAUCAAGUUCCAAAAACAUAAACAGAAAUGUUUUCCACAAUUUGUCUUUUCCUCACUCAAGAAGGAGUAAACUUGUUUUUUAAGGAGAUAAGUAAAUUUGAAUUCAUGAGGAAAAACAAUUAAUAUUUAAUGGAUUCCAGGUGAGUCCUGUUAGUCAUGACUAAAAUUACAACACAUUUUGUUUUUUCAAAUGCUCUUAACACCAUGAGCAGUGUUCUCCCUUAUUUCACGCAUGACAGGUAAAAUAGAUUUUCAAACUGGUAAAGCGAUCUCUUUACCAGUUGAAUUUUCAAGAAUUCCAAGCAAUUUUAAAUAGUAAUAAGAGGUACUACAGGCGCUAAAUGUUACCAGUUACUGCCUGAAAAGGAGAACGCUGCAUGAGCAAAAACACUGCCAUAAGCUUAAUGUAGUGCAUUAAUUGCAACAUUAAUGUCCACAAAAAAUUCUGUGGCUUCUUAAUUUCAUCAACACAGCUGUAAGAUACUGUAUUUCUUUUAUUCACUGUAAGUCUUUUGAAGGUCUCAUUAUGAAGAAAAUCUCUCGACUUCCCUGCUUUGGCUUGGAUAUCGGAGGAAGCUUGGUCAAAUUAGUGUACUUUGAGCCAUGCAAUUUACAAAUAAACCGUAAUGGACAAGACAAAGUUGGCUUGGAGGCAAUACAAGAUUUUAUCAAGUCAAAUGUUAAUUAUGGAGAAACAGGAGCUAGAGAUGAAAGGUUGGCAAUGGAAAAUGUGGUUUUGGGAGGAAGAAAAGGACAUUUACAUUUUAUUAGAUUUUCAACUGAUGUAGUGGGAAAAUUUCUUUUACUUGCUGAAGAAUUAAAUGCAUCAGUCCUUAAUGACAAGGUGUGUGCCACUGGUGGAGGAGCAUUCAAAUUUGAAAAGGAUUUUAAAGAGAUCCUAGGUGUACAACUUGUGAAGUAUGAUGAACUUGAAUGUCUCAUUCAUGGCAUACACUUCAUCAACUCUUCCUGCAUAAAUGAAUGUUACUACUGGAACAACCUGCACUGUUUAGAGAAGUCAGAAAAAGUACCGUAUAACUUUGACUUGAAUCCUUAUCCUUAUAUUGUGGUAAACAUUGGUUCUGGAGUCAGCAUUUUGUUUGUAGAAUCUGCAGAAAAGUUUACAAGGAUAAGUGGUACCAGUCUUGGAGGUGGAACAUUUCUAGGCCUUUGUUGCUUGUUAACUGGCUGCUUGUCAUUUGAUGAAGCUCUUUCCAUGGCUGAAGAGGGUGACAGCACAAAAGUUGAUAAACUGGUGCGAGAUAUCUAUGGUGGGGACUAUUCUAAGUUUGGUUUACAAGGAGAUACAGUUGCAAGCAGUUUUGGGAAGAUGUGCUGUGAACAGAACAGAUCUGCAGUGAGCAAAAAUGAUUUAGCAAGAGCCAUGCUUAUCACCAUAACUAACAACAUUGGUUCAAUUGCAAGAAUGUGUGCUGUCAAUCAUAAAGUAGAAUGUGUGGUAUUUGUGGGCAACUUCCUUCGCUGUAACACAAUAGCCAUGAAGCUGCUUGCUUAUGCAAUGGAUUAUUGGUCCAAAGGAACAAUGAAAGCUCUAUUUCUGACGCACGAGGUCAGAUGCUUAGAUGACAUCAUCAUAGAAAACAAAAAUAUUCCAUGUUGCUGUGGUUCUGGACAGUAGUAGAUGACAGAUGGUGGCAAUGUCAGUGACACAGUCAGCUGCACCUUGUGUGCCAAUUUUUUUGUUCUUUCUACAUUUUGAUGUCAACUAUGAUCUAUUACUGAUCAGAGGCAUGGCAACAUGGGAUCUAUUUGUUAAUGCAAUUUACAGGGAAGAAUUAGAAUUUUAAGAACCUGUGAAUGAGCUGUAGAUUAAAGAUAAAGUACAGAUCAGAAAAGAAAAAUAGUAAUCAUUAAAUGAAGUCUUUUAAAGGAUAUGCUUUUAUGGUAAUGAUUCCAUUAAGCACCCUUCAUUUGUUCCAAUAAACACCCGGUCACUGGUAAG